UAAAACAGGUUAAUUUUGAACACAGAGUGGACUAGAUAGGCUCCCUGAAUCUUUCUCCUCACCCUUCAGUACCCUCAGUAGUGCGCAUGUAGGGCGCAGGGAGUGAUUUAGAAUUCGGCCUUUGAACUCGACAGACCAUGGUGGAGGUCAGGCUGUGGCUCGGCUCAGGAGCCGGUAGGAUUUUGAGAAUUUUCACAUUUUCACAGCAUCUCAGGCUGUUUGUGUGUUAAAGUGUGAAGUGAAAGUGUUUCAGAGACUUCCGGUUGUGGUGUUGUUCAGUUCGCCUUGGAAGAAAAUGCUUGGAGUCUGUUUGUCAUGAGCUGUUUAAGGCGAAACAGGUAGCCUGUGGAUGAUGACUCCAUCUUUUUUCCUCCAUCUGGCCACCAUUAAAAACAGGUUUGACUUUCCUGCUGUGAUUCGAACGAUCCAUUGGCACAGCGCUUUAUCUCACAGGUCUAUAAAGAUAUCGAGAUCUUAUAGAACCUCAAACACCAAGGAAAUCCCAUUAUACAGAUCAAAAAGUGCUUAUUACGAUAUUCUGCAGGUUUCUCCGAACGCCACACAGGCGCAGAUCAAGACUGCGUACUAUAAACAGUCCUUCAUCUACCAUCCAGAUAAAAACGCAGGCAGUGAACAUGCCGCGUCACAAUUCUCACAAAUCAGCGAGGCCUACAACGUGCUGGGGAAUAAAACUUUACGCAAGAAAUACGACGCUGGGAUUCUCAGCGAGGCCGAUGUCCGGGGUUUGACCCAACCAACUGCGACGAAAGAAACAACAAGCGGAUCUUCAAGUGACGCUACGAGGAAACGUCGCUCACCAGAGGUCGGCGCUCGAUCGCAGAAUGUCUUUGAUUUUGACGCUUUCUACCGUGCGCACUACGGCGAGCAGCUUCAGCGACAGAAAUACAUCCGAGCUCGUCUGCAGGAGAUCAAGAGGCAGAAAGAAGAGAAGAUUCAGGACAGGAAACUGGGACAGAUGUCAGAAGUAGCUGUAGGCAUCAUGCUAGCUGUAGCAGCGGCCAUUUUGUUCAGUUUAAAGUCAGCAAAGGGAUAAUCUUUCUCUGAUCUGACAUGAUUUAUACAUUUAUCAAUAUCAUCACCAUGACGACUUUAUUCUGGACCAUAUCAUAGAUAAAUUUGCAUUGACCAUCAGAGGACGAUAAAGGCCAAUUUAUGCUGACAACCCAGUCCUCGCAGAUAGCGUCGCAGACAGUGUCUGCGUAGCCCCCCCACCUUCGCAGAUGCUCUGCGCGCACCUCCCAAAAAUUGUGACCACCGCAGAAGCCUCGCAGACAAGAGGGCUCUGGUUGGUCCACUCUACAUCCGCUGUACACGCACUUCCGCUUCCCUAGUUUCCCGGUUUGUUUUGUUUUCACGACCGCCAUUUUUAAAAACACGAGCGAAGAUGGAGCAGCACGAAGAGCGGUUGAUCGAGGAAGUGAGGAAGUACGUACAUCUAUACGACUCCAGUUCUAGUCAUUAUAAGUAGCCAGAGGAUAAACACUCCACUAACCACACCCACCAACUACUCCUAGCGACUUCGCGCCCCCUUGCAUUGUGGCAGUGAAUAACAUCGCGCACGCCUAUUACUCCCCGCUCAACGAUAAAUUACAACUGUCUGCGAAAAGCUAUCUGCGAAAGCCUUGUCGCAAGAGCAUGCAGAGGCCUUAAGGACUUCGUUAAAAAUAGAAAGCUAAAAUUUUUAGACCGUUCAAGCCACUCUUAAGAGAGGGACAGAGGAUAAAACAGAAGGAAUGAAACAAGGAUGAAAGAAAUAAAUGAGAAAAGCAGAAGAAAUGUUUUAAAUAAAUGAAAACUAAGAAAGCAGAGCUUGAACUGCAAAUGACCCUUUUCUCUAUCAUUAUGUAAUUAUGGGCGUUUGUGGUAUCAGUGUUUAUACCAGAAUGAUAAUAUAAUAUAAAUAAAUCCAAAUUAAUCCAUCAAUAUUUUUUGUAUAUAAUUAGAAUUGAAAUUGAAUUAGUUUUAAUUUGAACAUUAUCUGGGCUUUGAAUAGAGUUUUUACGUCACUUCCUCUCAGUCACUGCAUGCAGCCUCAGUGGACAUGUGUAGACUUCUGUAAAUUCUGUGUCAUGUUCAUGAGUGUUGAUAUUUAUUGAGUCUGAGAACAACACUGUACAGAAUAAAGCUUUUAUUGAAAGAA